UUUACUUCUCUUCUCUCUUCUUCAUCGAUCUCUUCCAGAUACCAUUUGCUAUCUAACUUGUGUACCUACUCUCAUCUACUUUACUUCUCUUCUCUUACGCGUUAGGGCCUACUGCCACCCACAUUAUCCAUCCGUCAACAUGAACAACGAUAGAGCUCAUUCUAAUAUGCACUCUUCCAUGCCAUCUUAUACGGGACAGUCACAGGCUCAAGACACUGGAGGUCAACCACCUCUCCAUCCUCAACCACCUCUCCAUCCUCAACCACCUCUUCAUCCUCAACCACCUCUCCAUCCUCAACCACCUCUCCAUCCUCAACCCCCCAUCCCCUACGUCCCUCAGGGUUUCAUAUAUUGGAGUCAAGCGUACGGCAACUACCCACCGCCACAAAAUUAUUACGGUGGCUACCCGGGACCUCAUGCUCAUGGCGUAGCGCCUGUUGCAGCACCUUAUCACGCUCCUGCAGUGCAAGUCCCGAUUCUCCAGCAGGAGCAGGUGCUGCCCAACCCUGGACCAAUGUUGCCAGUACCAUCUGUAGGCCCAGUCGAAGGGGGUUCUACGCAGACUUUAAAGAGGAAGGCGGUUGAUCAUGACACAACAGCAGCGAAAAGAUACCAGCGUCAUCGUCCUCAGGACGAUCCACUCUUUGCAUGCGUGCUGGGCGAAGAUGGGAUAGAGAGGUGGAAGUGUCUCAAAGACACAUGUGCGCGCCUAGCUCCAAUGCUAGAAGUUAGCGUGCACAGGCACGUAACGGAGACGAAGUCGCAUCUCGAAGGCACCGAAGAUGCACCUCCUGAGUAUAUAUGCCCAGCGUGUGGCGCCAGUUUCAAGCGUGAGUCUGCGUUGAUCAGGCAUCAACCCAGUCAGCAAUGUGCAAAAAACAGGGCAAAGUCUCUGAAUUGGCAUGCACCCUUUCGCACGACCGGCGCUGGGCCAAGCACAACGUCCCAGCAUUUCAACCGGCGUUUGUCCCCACGGGAAGUUGCAUCUCUUCCCAAGGUGCAAUCCAAUGCUCUGGGUUCAUUUGCAACAACCCCUAUGCAACAGCCCGCUGUUGCACCUCCAUCACAGUCUAUGCAGCGUAUCACAGUCCAGGCUGCUACUCCUCUCCCACAUGUAACUCGACCUCAACCAUCUAGCGAUGCUAUACCAAUCAUCGCGCGAGAAUUUUCGCUGCCGAUUUUGAAACAGACCACUGCUUCCUCUUCCUCACCGUCGUCAACUUCCUCGUCUGAGAAUGAUGAUGAUGACGAUGAUUCAUUCUCAGGUCUAUUCUCAGAGCCAUCCUCUCCUGCCUGAGAUGAAAACGAGGAUGGAUUCAACUGUUCUACGUACCUAUUCUCUUGAAGCCUCUCGUGGCUGAGAAAGCAAUGAAUGCUCCUAGUCCUUGAUGUGAAUGUAAUCGCACUUAUCUUUACUGUAUUCGAGUCGGGAUGAUACCUAUGUAACAAUACUAUACCAGUCUCG